UGUCCGUGAGUAGAAAUUCAUUUUGUUCUUAGAAAUCUAUGGUUCUCAUUGUUGACAGUUGUGGUUCAAGGGUGUGCAUUUAAAUGUGACGGGACUACAUAACGCUCUUCCUAAACUUUUUUGUGGACAUGGCUAGUACCAUUAUUGCGGCCUUAUCAGCAUUCUCUUCAGCUAAUCAUUCACUUGAAACUACAUUGGAGAUAUGGAUUAGUAGAGGAUCGGACAACAUGAUUCCUCUUAGCAUGAAAUCGGACAAGAAACCGCCUUUUACGGGGUUGAGGGUUACAGCGAAGGCCCUAAUACCUGCAAAGAUUGAUGACUGCGUGUCUCGGCUAAACUUCACAAUUAGAUCGUAUGAGGUUGGCCCUAAUCGGAUGGUAACUAUAAGAACAUUGUUGAAUUAUUUACUGGAAACAACUGCUAAUCAUAUGAGGAAUGUCGGGCUGGUGGGUGAUGGAUUUCAAUCGACUCCGGAGAUGACUAAGAGAGAUCUAAUAUGGGUUAUUGCCAAGAUGCAGGUUCUUAUAGAUCGAUAUCCUUCUUGGGGUGAUGUAGUUGAAAUAGAUAAUUGGUUAGGUGAUGCACCUGUAAAGAAUGGUUUCUCUAAUUAUUGGCAUCUUCGUGAUGCCAAUACCAGUGAAACUCUGGCUCAAGUUAACAGCGUAUGGAUUUUAAUGAAUAAAAAAACAAGAAAAUUGUCUAAAAUGCCAGAGGAAGUUAGAGAUGAAAUAACAGCUCAUUUAAUGGAUUAUCCGAUCUGGGACGACAUCAGACUGUCAAAGGUUCAUGACAACGAAACUGACUUUGUCCAAACUGGCGUAAUAGCACGUUGGAGUGACUUAGAUGUUAAUCAGCAUGUGAAUUUUGGCAAAUACAUUGAAUGGAUUCUUGAGAUAGAUAUACAUUUCAUUAAGCAACUAUUCUUUUCUUCUUGUCUAUCUUAUCGCAUACUGAUUGGCAUAUCUUAA